AUGGAGAAAUCGAGCCUGGAUCUCACCAAGCGUGAUACCAAAACCUGCAGUAUCGGCCUCGGCCGCCAGUUCGCCUCCGUCUACUGGGACGUCACCAUCUUCAACACAACGCAAGCCCUCCGCCUGGACGCCAACAUCGUAGCGACGGCCCGCAACGCCCGCAUGGACGUCGGCGAGUCCAUCUCCCUGUCCUGGCCACCCGGCGCGCAGAGCUACACGCUCAAGGUUACGAACUUGGAUAAUGCGCCUGUGCUGGCGUAUAAUCUUCCGGAUGUGAAGGGGGAUGGGCGCGGGUUUGAGAUGGGGGCUACGAAGGUUCGUUUGCAGUUUGAGGUGGUUGCGGCGGAAGCGGGAGAGGGGGUAGGGAGGAAGUGGACGACGGAUGAGGGGGAGGGGGGGUGUGGGGCGUCGAGUGUGGUUUUUUCGGGGGGGAGGGAAGGGUGGACUUGUGAGUUUGCCUGUCCGUAG